AUGGCUCCACAGCAAGGUCUCAAACCCCAAUUCUUCGUCACCCGACAGAAUGGAGCCAUGGUUCCUCUCAUUGCCAUGGAUGAACUGCCUGUUCAUGUCCAGAUCGAGGGUGUUUCUCGAAGCCUUGGUGCUUUCGACACCGCUGGGAUGACCGGCGUCGGCGUCCGCGAGGCCCGACAUCAAUAUUACGUCGUCCAAAGAAUGAACAAUACCAUGGCCAUCCCUUUCAACGGCAUUCGCACACCUCAAACUCCUAUCUCGAAUGCGUCGAAGCCAAAUUCUGCCUCCUCGACUCCAUUGCUGCGUGCAGCCACGCUUUCCUCCAGUCUCAUUCCAAACGCGCUGCAUGUCGGAAACCAACUCAACGAAGUAGGCAGCACCUCUGGUGUUGCUUCCACGAACUCAACCAAGGAGGAUAUCAAGCCUGCUACCAACCCCCUCCCUGGUUCUUCUGCAAACGUCACGCUGCCUCCCACUACGACCACCACUUUGGCAUGGCGGAACAAGGCCGAGCCAAUUCUCGCAAAUGACGCGCCUCCUGCUGACCCAGACCCGGAGAUGCCACCAGUCGGCCAGAAAGUCUACUGCUCAUACUGGUUGCGCAACGGCGAGUGCAACUUCGCGCAACAAGGCUGCAUGUUCAAGCACGUGAUGCCGUUGAAGCUUGAGGUUCUUGAGGUCCUUGGCUUCCGCGACCUCCCAGACUGGUACCGCAAGACAUACAAGGUAGGCAGCCUGCGUGUCAAUGGUGGCCGCGACGGCCUCAGCUACGGCAUCCUCGACGGGAACAAGGCCGCGCCGCGUGCCAGGCGCGUCGGUUUGGACGCAGAAGCCACCAGACGGAUCAUCGCCUCGCAUAUCAACGCUCUACCUCUCGGUAAUGGGCGAGGCGGCCGACACCACCAUCAUGGGGAUAGACAGCGGCGAGCCAGUGGAAACCACUACCACCGUCCUCUUGCGCUUUCCGCCCCGCGGACUCCUGCCGUUGUCGUUGCCGGAGACAAUGCUACAGACAAAGUCAAGGCCAAGGCCAACGAGAAGGAGCGCCGCGACGAGCUCCUGGCUGCCGCCUUCGCGGCUGACAUGGACAGCGAGCUGGAGGACAUGAUGGACGCGCGGAUGGAGAAGAUCCGAGAGCAAGAGCAGGCCGGAUGGGAGGAGGAGCAGGAGGCAGCGAAAGAGGCAGCGAAAAGGGCAGCCACUGCCGAGGCAGGAAAGAAGGGUGGUGAGACCGGCGGCGCAGCGAAGAAGGACGAGACCCUAAGUGAGAGGGCCAGCGGAAGCGGCAAGGAAUCCGUCCCGAUCAAGCCCGUCGCUGUCGGAGACAGGAAGAAGCACGGCGGGCGUGGUGGCGUUAGGUAUCCGCGUCGGAAAAAGACGCCACAGGUGCCUGCUGUGCAUAAGACAGCAUAG